AUGGCAGGCCUACAACCCUCUCCCGCGGGGAAUCCAUCUUCCUCCAGCUCAGGCACAUCCUCAAGCCCACAAUUUACCCCAGUUUCUUAUGGUUCCGACGAUGAAUCUCCAACACAUAGACCCACGGGGUUCUCCACGGGCCCAUUACGCGUACAGACCAACUUUGAUGAUCACCCGGAUGUCGGCGACCCUCUAUCCGACGUCGAGAAUGAGAAUGAUUACAAUACGAGCGAGGAGCAUGAAAGCAAGCUUCCGCGGGGCAGUUCGGCACCGAGAUAUACACCAGAGGAAGAGAGUGAGGUAGUGAGGAGGUUUGAUCGACGGCUGGUUCCGUUUCUGGCGCUUCUCUACUUGCUCGCCUUCCUGGAUCGCUCCAAUAUUGGAAAUGCGAAAAUAGCUGGACUAAAGGACGAUCUUCAACUGUCAUCUUCGCAAUAUGAAUGGCUACUUACUGCAUUUUACAUCACUUACAUCCUCUUCGAAUGGAUGACGCUUAUGUACCGCGUUGUUCCUCCACAUAUCUACAUUUCUUUGUGCGUAUGUGGAUGGGGGCUUGUCGCAUCAUUCCAGUGUCUAGCAACCUCUUUUGGAGGGCUUGUCGUUCUCCGAGCCCUGCUUGGAAUCACCGAAGCUGCUUUCGGCCCUGGUGUCCCAUUCUACUUGUCAUUGUUUUAUCGUCGACACGAGCUUGCUUUCCGUAAUGGGCUUUUCAUUUCUGCUGCACCGCUGGCAACCUCCUUCGCCAGCAGUUUGGCCUACUUGAUCAUCAGGUUCAGCAACAAUGGUCCAAUCUCACCAUGGCGCACUUUGUUCCUUGUGGAAGGUUUCCCAAGUGUAAUCGUUGCUGUGUUUGCUUGGUUUUUGAUACCCGACUCUCCUGGUCGUGCGCGAUUUCUUACUCGCCGACAAAGGAUGGUCGCUCAGCAGCGUCUUGAGGAGAGCACAGUCGACUACCAGCAAUUCCAUGGCAAUCAGUUUAAUUGGCGAGAAAUAUUGAAAAUUGCAUCAGACCCCAAGGCGUAUAUGGCUGCUUUCAUGUUUUUCAGCUGCAAUGUCGCUUUCAGCUCAAUGCCUGUCUUUUUGCCUACGAUCAUCAAAGACAUGGGUUAUUCGUCGUUACAUGCCCAAGCUCUCUCGGCACCCCCUUAUAUCUUUGCAUUUGUCAUUGUUCUUCUCACCGCAUACGCCUCAGAUCGCAGCCGUUCCCGAAGCCCCUAUCUGAUAGCCCACGCUCUCAUUUCCUCCAUGUCUUAUUUGGCCAUCGCAGCAACGGGUUAUUUCCAUUCACGCCUGCCCCCCUGGCUCCACACAUUCAUCCGUUAUAUUUGCGUCUAUCCAGCCACUGCCGGGUUUUUCUCGGCAAUCACUCUCAUCAUUACCUGGUCGAUGGACAACCGAAUCGAAAAGGAAGGCAAGGGCGCAAGCAUUGCCAUUCUUAACAUUAUCGGCCAGUGUGGCCCACUCCUCGGGACGAGACUUUACCCCGAGUCUGAUGGGCCGUGGUACAUUCGUGGUAUGGCCACUUGCUCGUUUUUCAUGGUUAUUGUUGCCUUGUUGGCCGUGGGGUUGCGGAUUAUAUUGCAGCGGUUGAAUCGUGCUGCCGCCGAGACCACUUACAGUAUUAUCGAGCAGGCUGGUCCUGUGGAUCACGGCGAAGAACGAGAUGAGCUCAUGGGUGGUGGUCGGAGGAAUGAUAUAGAGCAUUCUACUGGUGAUAGGAGGUUGGUGUACAUAACUUAG